CCGGCGGGGGCUCGCUGAGGCCCGGGCCGCUGCCGGGCGGGGCGGGCGCGCACCCCCGCGGCCCCGUGCCGGUUCGAUUUGAAGUGCUGUGCCUUGCCUGGCUCUGGGAGCCAACUGUUGGAAUGCGUUUUGCUAAGUUACCAAGGUCUUAUUACAUCUUAAAUGUCAGGUUUAUCCCAAGAUGCUGUGGAUACAUGAUACACGCUGCCUGUCAUGGCUGCUCGUGAGGAAUUAAGCCCCUGGUGAAGAAACAGCUGGCUUGGGUUGCCACGUGCUAAUGGAGAGACUUUUAAACGGAGUAUACAGGGAUCCACAUAUAAACCAAGAUAUCAAAAAAAAUAAAAAAUAAAAUGUGUGAACCGGACCAUGGAACAUUGUUUACAUCUCAAAGGAUUAGUGAUGUAGAAAAUCUGGUGACUUCUAUGAAAAAUGGUCUAUGCAUCCAGAAGUGUAAACCCAUUGACUACAAACAUCUAUAUGAACUUGCUGCAACAGAAAAAAUGGCAUCAGCAAAAAUUCAAUUAAAGAUUAAAAAAACAGAACAAUUUUCAAAAAUUAACAAAGAGCAAAUGCUGCUGAAACAGCAUCGCCAAGUGUGGUGGCAAGAGCAUAAAAGACUGAGUGAGAACAGGGAAAAAGCAGAAGCAGAAGUAAAGAUUGUUCUUGAUGAAGGAAGUCAUAAGUAUGACUCUUUUUUGGACAUACAGGACUUGGAGCAUAAAUUAUCAAAGGAAUGGGAUGCAUACCAAACAAAUACUGUAGCUCCUAUCUGGCAACUAAGAGAGAAAUUGAAAUUCUGGAUGUCUGAAAUGCAGCAUUACCUCUCAGAAGACUCUUGUCUGAAAUAUAGGUUCAGUCCAGUUGACAUGUUACAGCAGAUUGAAUUUGUGAAGAAGCAACAGGAAGCAAUUCUGGAAUUUCUUAACCUUGAAAGUCUGACUGUGGAAAGAGAGCUUGAAGCCUAUAAAAGAAAACAUUUUUCAUCACAGGCUUUAGUGCGUUCUUCUGAAGAAAAAAACAAACUUUUCCAUGAAGUUCCUUCAGCUCUACUAUCUUUGGAGUUCCCCUAUCCAGAUUUGAAGAACUUAAUUAUCAAGGAGUACUGUAAGCUUGCAAAUGAAUACUGGUCUAAGCUUCAAGAGGUUGAUCAACAGCUAAAAGUCGUAUAUAGGAACAGUGAAUGGAAAGAAGAAGAUCAGUGGGUUUUUCAGACUGUUAUCAAUCAGUAUCCAAGUGAUCUUCAGAGAAGAAGGACUUUGUACCUUGAUGUGCUGCAGAGAUACCUUCCUCACAAAUCUAGGCACGAUCUGGUUAUUCAUGAGAGAGCUUGGGAUCAUUACAAUUUCCUUAGAAAUCAACACAGAGUUUUGAUAUUAAAUUGGAUUCAAGCUAGGAAAGCCUUUUUACUUAAGGCGGUGAUGGCUGUUACUGAAGCCUCCGCUGCUCAGGAAGAAGAAGUAGUGUCUGCUGAUAACAAACAGAAGCAACAGGAGAUUUGUGCUGAUCUGAAAGCCAAGGUUCUACAAUGGAGAGUGCAACAGGAGGAGGUAGCUAAACUAGAAGCUGCUAUAGCUGCUAGAAGAAAAGAAAAGGAAGAUGAGAAAGAAAGGCUACGGAAAGAACAGGAAAUGAUUCACAGAGCUCAGGAGAAAGAAAAAGUCAAAAGGUACUGGGCUGAGAAACAGCUCAAGUGGCAAGAACAGGAAGAGAAAGAUCUACAACGUAUGAAGGGAUUAAGAAAAUUAAUGGCUAAACAAGCAAUUAAAGACAGAGAACGGGUAAAGUUUAGACAAGCAUUGCUAGACAAGCGGCUCCUGAAGAAAAAGGAACAAGCCCUUCAAGAAGCACGUGAAGAAGAAGAAAAAGAGAAAUGCCUUGAAGCACUCCGACAAAAGGUUUCUGUUGUUGCAAAAUUAGAUCCAGCUAGAGUAGUGGCUGAUACAGUGACAUCUAAAGCUCGGAUGGGCAUUGGAACCAAGGAAGAGUUUGUUCUUCAAAAGCCACUGUUUAAGUUGCAUACGUUCAGUGAAGAGCAGAUCAUUUCUGACCCUAGAGUUCGAGUUGAGUUAGCUCUUCGAGAAGCUGGACUUCAUAAAACACUUUACGCAAAAGAAAUUUUACCAAAAAUUCCUCCACUGAAACUUCCAAGAAGAGAUAUGGAAUCUACGGCUUUUAAAAGGUAGAGCACGUCAUGUAUCAAGAACAGAGAAGCUUCAGGGGUGUAGUGUGGGCCAUUAUGCAAAAACUUUAAAUAAAUUUCCUGUAGACUGUGUAGUGGAACUACUUUGUUGUCACUGUGUACAAUCAUUUAAAAAAACAAUGUGCCUUUCCUAUACAGUGCUCAGUACACCAUUUUACACCUGCCUUGGUGAAGGUUUUAUGGAAAUCUGGUGGGUGUAGGCUGCUAUAGAAUAAUGCUGCAGAAUUUUCCAUGUCCCCCUCUACUGGAAAAUUGGUCACCUGUACAUGAAAAACUCCCACAGACAUUACUGGCCAAUUUGAUAUAUAUCAUCUUAGGUAGGAAUUCUGGUUUGUAAUGACAGCAUAAAUCCAAAAUAGCUUCACAGUCACUUUAGAUUACACUAUGAUACAUAGUAAUUAUGAUACAUAAUUCAUUCCAGGUUGCUUGAGAACUUGAUUCUUUUAAUUAUAAAAUCUUCGUUAUCAUGAAUGCUCCUAUUAUUCC